AUGGCGAUUCUAUCGACGGCUAAUAGCGCUCUCUGCCAUCCGAUUGCGUCAAUUCCGGCAUCCACGUUUCGUUCUCAUGGAUUUUCGAAGAGAAUUUCAGGAAACGGGCACUGGGUUCGCGAAAGGAGAAGACUUUCUGUGAAAUCGAGCAACUCAGAGUCGAAAACUGAUGAAGCAACUCCAAAACGGACUAGUGCGAGUGAAAACGCUACGGUAUCUUCUGAUACGAGCGGCAAUUCAUCGAGCUUCUUGUCUGUUCUCUGCCCAUUGCUUAAACUUUUCUCUGGAGGUGAUCCUUCAGGACAGCGGAAUCAUGCUCUGGAG